ACAUUUUUAAACAUGCCUGCAAUUUGCCGCGAAUCCUAAGCCUGGAAAAAAUGUGGAGGGAAAUGUUAAGGGAGGGGGUAUCUAAAACUAAAAUAGGGGAAAUCGCGAUGGGAACGAACUCGGCUGCAAUAGUACCGCCCCCGGGAACGAACUCGGAUUUUUUUUUGGCCUUAAUCCGGCUUGGGAACGAACUCGGUACCAGCCAUCUUUUGCUAUCGAUAUUAUAUAUAUUUUUUUAAUCAUUAUUUAACAUUUUUUGAACGAGUGCAUUCUUUUAUUUGUAUCAGAUUAGUGAGAAUUUUUAAUUUUUUCCCAAGUUAAUAAAUGUAUUGAGAAUAUAAUGACGGGAAGUACAGAAAAUCACCAAGGUAAACCGAUCGAUGAUAAUAAUACAAUCUAUAAUAAUCUAAAACUUUUAAAUCAGUAUAAUUAUGAUUAUUUCUAAGCAAGGCCGUGGUUUUAGAUAAUUUUAGGGAGUUUUAGAAUUUAGGUGUCAAACGUAUAACAUAUGUACCAAUAUGUACUAUUCUGUUCAGUCACGUCACAUGACUCACGAAAACUGACGUGAACGGUGAGUGUUGUUGCUUGUUAGAGAGAAGUGCUUGUUGUUAUCACUUGUUAUUAUUUCAUCAUAUUGUGUAACACGACACAAGCUUUUUAGUUGGAUCCAAUUGUUAUUCAGUAUAAUCAAGUGUGAAUCUGAAUUUGUCAUUGUGUUAAAUAAGGGUUUUUGUGACAGUGUCAUCAACAAUCACAGAGUACAUAAUGGAAUCACCAUAUCUUGAAGCAAUCCAACAAAUACCAGGCAAGACACCUGGUGAAAAGUAUAAAACACUGAAUUGCAUUGCCAGAAAGCUCAUUGAUGAUACAAUGGAAACUGAUGAUGAUGGGGUAAAAAAUGUUUAUGUCAAGAGUUCAGCUGAACUUCCAGAGUGUCUUGUGCCUAUUGUUCGUCUUGAGGUAGCUAAAAUUCUUCAUCAACCUGAUGGUAUUGUGAGUGCACUUAAAUCUGAUGAUGCCUUCAUCAAUGAUCGUGCACUCAAAGUCAAGUGGUUUUUCGAUGGCAGCAAUGAGGACAUCACCAAUAGCCAAUAUUUUAAUAAGCACAUUUUUCCAUAUGUCUCAUUGACUGUUCGCAUUAAAAUUAUUAAAAACUUGGCGAAAUAUUUGAUGUUGUCCAAUAAACAAGGUAUUGCUGAAAAUUUUUACAUUGAAUUGAAAGAACAAUAUGGUGAAGAAUUAGUUAGACCACUUUGUUUUGCCUGUGGAGAAGACUUUAUUCGAAUUACUACUAACGAAUGGAAAAAACCAGUCACUGUUAGUGAGCUUGAAAUUAUCUAUCCACGUUUUCCGGAUAUUGUUAUUUUAUUAUUAAAAAAGUCUCCUGUUAAAUACAGUAAAUGUUUACCUAAGUUACUUACAAAUCAUACUGACAUUUUUGUUGAUAUUAUCGAAAAAACAACUUCCGGUUUAUAUGUAAAAUUAACUAACAAAAAAAGUGAAUUAUUUUUUAAACAUGCACGCAAUGCUUUCUUGACAAAUCCAAAGCUUUUUAUGCCUUGUCUGAAUUUAAAAUUAAUCACAGCAAAGCUAAACAAAUUGGAAUUUUAUCAAUUUUAUAAAAAACAAUUUCCACAAAAUUAUGCAAAUUUUUAUUUUCCAACACUUUUCGAAUAUUUAAAAUACUAUCCUGAAGAAGAAAAAUUGAAUCUUUUAAUGUCAACAUUUAAGGAUUCUUAUGGAAUAAGUUUGUUGGAGUGUACCGAUUUGAUAUCACCAGAUCUUUUACGAUUGUUAAAUCCUGAAGAGAGAAUUAAAAUUGCUAGAAAAAAAAUCGAAAAAGAUGAUACAUCAAGGAACAUUGAAUACUCGUGGAUAUGUUAUUUGCCAACAAAUGAGUCAAUUCCAUUAAUAAAAGAAAAAAUAUCAAAAGAAUCAGAUAUUAAUAAUCGCUGCGUAUAUUUACAAGAGCUCAUAUACACAUGCCAUGUCAACAAUGAUGAUGAUGCUCUUCUCAAUGUGUUGGAUUACAUAUUCAUGCGACAUAAAAAUGAACAAAGUCCAGUAAUUCCAAAUGUUUUAUACAGACUACGUACUGAUUUCGAUGUUAAAAAUUUACCAAAAGAACACUUGGUUAUUGUUGAACAAUUAGUGAUGCUUUUACAUUUAAAAAAUGAGAUAAAAUCAAAUUAUCUUAUAAUUGUAAACUUAAUUUGUGAUUUAAUCUUCACAAAUUUAAAACAUAAUGAAGAAAUUCAUAAAUACAUUGAAGUUUACAUUGAUCUCAAUAGUGAAAAAGAUUGGGAGGACUUUAGAUGGAACAUCCUUAAAAAUAAUCCUGAUUACGAAAGAAAGUGUAUGGUAGAAAUUAUAACCCAAAUGUGCAUGCAUAAAAAUGGACAUGCAGCUGUCAAUGGCCUGUUGAGUAGUAUGUAUGAUUUUAAUGAAAGAAAUGCCAAGGCUGACGUUCCAUUAGAAAAAUUAAGUAUAACGAAUUAUCCGAUAUUGUAUGAAGCUGUAAAACGCAUAGUAACACGAGAUCGUCAAACAGUGAAUAACUGGUGGAGUAUUAGAACUGAUGAACUAUUAGAAAAAGGAGAACAAAAUAUUUUUCUCGCUUGGUAUGAUAAACCAAAGUCACCUGAAAAAAUCGAAUUUCACAAUUCCAUGGUCAUAAAAUUAUUGCAAAAAUCACCAGAAAAAAUUAUAGAAAACUGGGAUGAAUAUCUUAAAUUAUGUAAGAGUAAAAUCACUAGACGCAAUCUCGCACGUCGAUUCCUUCGUUAUAUUAGAUGGCAUCAAGAUUUACCUAUCAUGUUUGCAAAUCAAUGUUUGAAAGAUUUAGAAAUAAAAGAAAAUGUUGAUGCUCAUAAAAAUCUUUAUAUUCUUGCAGUUUUAUGUGAGGGUUCAUCAUAUGAAAAAUUAUUUACACCUUUUAUACCAGAAUCAAAAACACUCGAUUUGACAAACAGCAAAACAAAAGACGAGUAUAAAUUCAACUGUUCUCUUCUGAGGUCAUUGAACAUUGUCAAUCCACCAGUAUCAUUUUCACCAAUCUUUGAAUUUUGUCAAGGAGAUUAUGUUCACAAAGCUGUCAAUACGUUGAAUAACGUUGGUCGUCGUGUGCCUGUUGGAAAAGUCAUAGAAUUUUCAAAUACUCUUGUCAAUCAAAAAGUAUCUGUUAAAAAACAUGGAAUAAGAUUAUUUUGUCAAGUAGCAAGUCAUGAUCAAAUUCAAGAAAUGAUGUGGAAUCUAUGGAAAAAAGAAAAGCAUUUAUCAAUCCGUGGAGUUUUAUAUCAAAAUAUUUCUAAACUAUUUAUUGAUGCACCAUCCUCACAAAGUUGGAGCAUGAUACAAACUUGUAUUGAUGAAGUCAAGACUGAAGAUCACUUUUGGAAUCAUAUCUUUGACAUUUCUGAGGUUCCUGAUGAUUUUUACGAACGUUACAUAUUAAAAUUGUUUGAGACAAUUAAAAGAAUUGUAGAAACAGAAAAUGGUUUUGGACCUUUACAAAGUCACGGAUAUGUAAGUUAUAUUUUAAACAGCAGUUCAUGCAGAUCAUAUCUAUUUUCAGAAGAAUUUCACCAGCAUAUUAUCAAAAAUUAUUUUGCUGAUUUUUCGAGACCAGAAUAUUUGUUGUCUGAUAGUUGUCAGAAUUAUAUUAUCAAGGAAUACAUUGUCAAGUCAGGUGAUAAACUCGAGUCAAGAUUAGUAUUUCUAACUGAUCUCAUUUUAGAAAUAGUUAAAACAUCCUGGAACGUUCCUUCUGCAUUUAAGACAAACUUGCUUCCAGCCAACUAUUUUAUUUACAAAAUGAUUUCACGUAUUUGUGAUAUGGAAUGCGAUCAUGUUAAAAUACGAACUGCAAAGGUUUUGCUUGAUGCUUUGUUGACAGUGUUAAAACCUGAUCAAUUAGGAACUUCUUACUUGGAUUUAGUUUACAUUGGAAUUCUUGAUAAUGAAUACACUGUUGAUCAAAUGACACAUCACCUUGUCCAGCUUAUACCAUUACUGAUUGAAAUAUAUUCUAGUGAGUUAAUGUCUACAAUUGUUCAACACUUUAAAAAGCUGUUGCAUAUGUUUUUAAAAAAUAAAAAACAUAAUCAUUUACUAGAUAUUAUUGAGAAACUAAUAAUAAAUGAUGAUGAAAAUGUGCUUAUUUUUACAAGUACAUUAUUACUUCAAUCAACUUUGCAUACUGAAGAAAAACGAUAUUCAAUAAUUAUAGAUAAAUUAAAAAUGAGCAAAUAUCCAGCUAUUGUGAUUCCUAUUAUUGAUCGAUUAAAUUCUGGGUAUCAAUUAAAUAUGGGAUUCAAUAUUGGGAACGACAUGACGAAUGUUCUGGCCAUGAAAAUCAAUGCUACAAGGCCAAGAAAGCGAGCUAAGUGGAAUAGGCAUUUCCACUAAAGCCGUUUUCUUUUUUUUUUUUUUUUCGUGUCGUAUGGUAUUUUAUGUUACA